GAGAGGCAGCGCGAGGUGCGUGACUUGCUCGAGGAGUUCGACCAGGUCCUCGAUGAGCCCAAGGGACUGCCGCCACACCGAGAGUUCGACCACCGCAUACCUUUGGUCGAGGAAGGUCGAGCAGUGCACGUGCAUCCGUAUCGAUACGCACACUUCCAAAAGACGAAGAUCGAGCGACAGGUGGGCGAGAUGCUCGAGUCCGGGCUCAUCCAGCAUAGCUCGAGCCCGUUCUCGUCACCGGUGUUGCUCGCCAAGAAGAAGGACGGAACUUGGAGGUUUUGCACGGACUACCGCGCUCUCAAUGCGGCUACCGUGAAGGAUCGUUUUCCCAUUCCAAGUGUCGAAGACAUGCUGGACGAGUUGGGUGGCGCGCGUUACUUCUCUAAGCUCGACCUACGUGCGGGCUACCAUCAAAUCAGGUUGGCCAAGGAGGGCGUGCCCAAGACGGCUUUUCGCACGCACCAAGGGCACUACGAAUAUCUCGUGAUGCCUUUUGGGUUGUGCAAUGCGCCGUCGACCUUUCAGUUUGCCAUGAACUCGAUUUUUAAGAGGUACCUACGUAAGUUUGUAUUAGUAUUCUUCGAUGAUAUUUUGGUAUACUCGAAAACAUGGGCAGAUCAUCUCGAGCACUUGCGAGUUGUUUUGGGGAUUUUUAAGGCUAACUCAUUCUACAUCAAACCGUCCAAGUGCUCGUUUGCUCAAGGGGUGGUCGAGUACCUUGGGCACUUUAUUUCUCAUGAGGGC